AAAAGUAGAACCGCCAGGCAGGGUUAGUCUCCAGAAGUUUUGAGACAGACAGGCUGACGACUGCUCCUCCUGGUUCUAAAUUGCCUUCUUCUCCCGGAGGAGGAAUGUUUUCUUCACUGCUAGUUGCCAUGUAGGUUGAGCAUUUCUCCCAACAUGAAGGCCCUUGGAACAUUUGUUCUGGUGGCAAUUGUGGCCUCCUUUCCUGCUUUUUCAAGGGCUUCUCCAGUCGAUUGCAGCUGGAAUCCAUUUGGUCCUUGGUCAGAAUGUGAUGGCUGUACUAAGACUCAGAUUCGCAGACGGACCGUAGCAGUUUAUGGGCAGUUUGGAGGACAGCCAUGUCCAGGAAGUUCCUUUGAAACCUGUCCUUGUGUUCCUACAAGAGGGUGCCCAACAGAAGAUGGGUGUGGCAAUCGUUUUAGAUGUUUGUCGGGGCAGUGCAUUAGCAAAUCCUUGGUGUGCAAUGGAGAUCACGACUGUGAGGAAGAUGGCGCUGAUGAGGACCGAUGCGAUGAGAUCAAGAUGGUGUGUGAAAACACCAAGCCACCUUUGAAGCCGCCUCCUAAUGUAGAGCUUACAGGAGCAGGCUUUGACGCUCUUACGGGUGAGAGCAGAGGUGGAGUCAUCCAUACUAAGAGCUUUGGUGGCCAAUGCAGAAAAGUGUUCAGUGGAGACCAGAGAGAAUAUUAUCGGCUGAGUGACAGUGUCCUUGCUUACACAUUCCAGGUGACCAUUCAGAAUGAUUUCAGCGCUGAGUUUUACAACAGUUCCUGGGCUUAUAGAAAACACACAGAGAGGCUUGCAACCGGAAAAAAAUACCGCCAGCAUGAAAAAAAUACAAUUCAAGAAGGCAGUUCAAAGAGUAAUCUGCUCAUGGUUAUCGAAAACAGUGUGGAAGUUGCUCAGUUCAUCAACAAACAGCCGGAAUUUCUAAAUCUUGCUGAGCCCUUCUGGAAAGAGCUUGCUAACCUUCCCACCUUCUAUGAAUAUAAUGCAUACCGAAGGUUAAUUGAACGUUUUGGAACACAUUUCCUGCACUCUGGAUCUUUGGGAGGACAUUACAAAGUUCUGUUUCAUGUCGCUUCAGACAGUGCAAAAGCACAAGGUUUGAGCACGCUGGACAUGCACAAAUGCACUUCAUCAGGUUGGAAUUUUUGGUUCGUAAAGAAGAAGAAAACAGAAUGCAACAAACUAGAUGAAAUGCUGCGACAAUCUUCAGGUACCACCAGCAAUCGGAUUCGAGCUGACCCGUUAGUAGAGGGAGGAAGUCCUGGAGCUGUAGCUGGGCUAAGCUACAUGGACAUAAAUGAUCCUGUGGCAAAUACUCAGCGGUACUCCUUCUGGGCUAGAUCGGUGUCCUAUUCUCCUAGAGUCAUUAAGCAAAAGCUCACACCAUUGUAUGAGUUGGUGAAGGAGGUACCUUGUGCAUCCGUCAAAAGACAUCACCUGAAACGAGCCAUCGAAGAGUACCUGAGCGAAAACGAUCCCUGCAAAUGCCGCCCGUGUCGAAAUGGCGGUGAGCCGGCUGUUGUGGAAACUCAGUGCCUAUGCUUCUGCAAACCGUAUACUUUUGGAGCAGCUUGCGAACUGGGAACUCUUGUGCAAGACCAGCCAGGAGUCAUUGAUGGAAGCUGGAGCUGCUGGUCCUCAUGGAGUUCUUGUACAGGAGGAAGGAAAUCAAGAAGUCGAAGCUGUAAUAAUCCCAAUCCCAGUGGCGGUGGAAGGUCCUGCAUCGGAGAAGCAGCUGAAAGCCGCCAGUGUGAGGAUGAGGAUGAGGAUUUGCAACAUUUUCGUUCAAUAGAACCACACUGCUUUGAUGUGUCUACGUUGGGCACAGAAUCCUGCCCACCGCCUCCCCCCUUGGAAAAUGGAUAUGUGCAAGAUGCUGAUUCAUCCUAUCCUGUGGGGAAAAGCAUCAUUUACACCUGCAAUAAUGGAUAUGCUAUUGUGGGGGACCCAGUGGUGACCUGUGGCGAAGGCUUGAGGUGGACCGUUGGACAGAUGAGCUGCCAGAAAACGGCUUGUGUCUUGCCUGCGUUGGAAGGAGGACUGAGUGCAGACCCAGUGAAACCGUUGUAUCAGAUAGGAGAGAAGGUAAAGCUGUCGUGCCCAGAAGACACGCAGCUGGAAGGAGCAGCCGUCCUUUUGUGUGAACCCACCCUGAAAUGGUCUCCCAACGCCAACAAUAUCCAGUGCCGGAGGAGAGUUCCCAGCACAGAUACUGGGCCAGCUGCCCCUGAAUGCCAGCCAUGGGAGAAAGCCCAACAGGCAAAAUGUGUGUGUAAGAUGCCGUAUGAAUGUGGCUCUUCCCUGGACAUCUGUGCUACAGACCAAAGAAACAAGAGGAGCACAUGGCUAACCAUCUGCAAGCUACACGCAUUGGAGUGCAUGGGCAGGCAAUAUGCUUUGGUCAGCAAGGAAACCUGCAGGACUCCUGCUGCAUCCACGAGACCUUGUGGCUCAUGCCAACUGUGGGAGACAUGUCAUGAUCCAACCAACCAGUGCACGUGCAAAGAAGCUGGACAGUGUGGCGACACAGGAAUAAGCAUUUGUGUUGAGGUGGAAGGAAGGGUCGCGCAGCAGACCAUGACAGAAUGCGAGGCUGGCGUCCUCCAGUGCCAGGGGGAGAACAUCACUGUUGUUAGCAUAAGACCCUGCAAUGUACAAAAUCCCUAGUCUAUGUUUGCUUACACUAGGAGAACCACUAGGUUUUCCAGUGUGUUAUACACUGCAUUACAUUCCCGCUACAACCUUUGGCAAGUCUCCCUGGGCAAAUAACUUAGUUAUAAUAUUACGUGUUGAUUUUUGUUGAUUACAUUUGUAUAUUAUUGAGAAUUGUUUUGUUUUGUCUACCCUCCUUAGGAAUUAUUUGAUUAAGCAGUUUAUACGUUUUUCUAAAUAAAAUUUUUAAAAAAGUAAGGGGUCAGGAGAACGGUGGAAUGAGGAUUAUUAAAACUAGCAAAAUGGACAUAAUUUUGUAGGUGAUAUGGGAAGAGAAGGCUUGUAUAUUUCAAGGACAUAUGGGGGCAGUGCAUUCCCGCCCCCCUCCGAUGGCUGUCAUAGAGGAGCAGCCCACCCAGUGUCAAACACAGAAUAGAUUUUAUUCAUACUUCAGAUGUGUACUUAAGUAUGGCACUUUACUUUUUCCUGCGGUGGUAAAUGGCAGCUGUUCCAUUGGUAUGGGAGAAUGUAAAGGAGGGCGUCCGAGGACACUAAUGAUGUGCUAUUAAAUUGUUCUCUGCACUUACUGACUCACCUAUGGCAAACCAGGCCUCGCCUCUCUUCUUCUCUGCUCUCCUUUGGGAGGAAGGUUCAGAUAUAAAUUUAAUAAAUGACCCAAGAAUAUCUCCAUAGGCUCACAGUUAGCUCUGCUUCUUGAUUAUGCCAGAUUCUAGAGCAAUUGGACAUCAGCUGACCAAUAUGGCUGAUCACACAGGUGGCAACUCCAGCAUUUAACUGGCUUAUUUAUUGAAAGGUUUGCUGUCUUUUAAGAGAGGUUGGGUGGGGAAACCGAGAGAAAAACCGAGAGAGGAAAGAGAGUGAAAGAGGAAAACAGAGAAAUUUGGACAUACAGUAUAUGGUUAAAGAUUUGGAGUUCCAUGAUUGAGAUUACUAGAAGACCCCUAUGCUGCAAGUUGAUGCUUAGACUGGGUUUGGAGAAGUUGAAGAUGACUGUGCAUUUUUCUUGGUAGAUCAUUAGCUGUCUCAAACCAGCAAUAACCCAGAACACUUAUUUCAUAUUGUCUUAAAGCAAACAGAUGGACUGUACAGAGCCAGACUUUGUCAGCCAUCCUGAAAUACUCAAAGAUCAUGACUAAUCUUGUAUCAAUGAAUAAU